GAAAGUGAAAGGAAAAGAUCCAACCUUUGAGAAACACCCCCUCUCUCUCUCUCUCUCUCUCUCUCUCUCUCUCUUUCUCUCUCUCUCUGUCCAUCGAAGCUCUCUUUUAUCCUUGUUACCAUUCUAGCGUCGGGAAAAAAAAAGCGUGAACAAAAAAACAGCAUUGGGUUGUGAGGAAUUAUUUGUUCCAGAUCGAGAGGUGGACGAAAAUGGUUAUUGCGUUUUGCUUUCUCUCCUUGUUUCCGCGAAUUAUUUGGCCCUAGUCGGCGAAAAAAAUCCGCGAAUUUUCAGCUUUUUCUUGUUUCAGGGAAUUGUAUUUGUGUGAAGCCCUGCAUUUUGUUUUAUGGAGAUUAUGAGUUGUUGGUGCGGCUGAUUCCGGUGUCGGAAAGGAGUUCUUUUGUUUAUUUGUAGAAAAUAAUUUCUAUUAUGAAUCAAAGGUAGGGCUUCAGAUUGUAAUUAGGGUUUCGGAAUUUGGGUCGUCGUCGUUGAUGGAACCCCGCGUGGGAAACAAGUUUCGCCUCGGCCGGAAGAUCGGAAGCGGUUCGUUUGGGGAGAUCUAUCUCGGUACCAAUGUUCAGACGAAUGAGGAGGUUGCAAUUAAGUUUGAAAACGUGAAAACAAAACAUCCACAGCUGCUGUAUGAAUCGAAGUUAUACAGGAUUCUGCAGGGAGGAACCGGGGUUCCGAAUGCCAAGUGGUUUGGAGUUGAAGGGGACUACAAUGUCUUGGCGAUGGAUUUGCUUGGACCGAGUCUUGAAGAUCUAUUCAAUUUCUGUAGCAGGAAACUCUCCUUGAAGUCGGUUCUCAUGCUUGCAGAUCAAAUGAUAAACCGUGUUGAGUUUGUCCAUUCAAAGUCGUUCCUUCACCGAGAUCUCAAGCCGGACAAUUUUCUCAUGGGCUUGGGAAGACGUGCAAACCAGGUAUAUAUCAUCGACUUUGGACUGGCUAAGAAAUACAGGGAUAGUACAACCCAUCAGCACAUUCCGUACAGGGAGAAUAAGAAUUUGACUGGAACAGCAAGAUAUGCAAGCAUGAACACUCACCUAGGAAUCGAGCAAAGUCGAAGAGAUGACCUAGAGUCUCUUGGCUAUAUCCUCAUGUACUUCCUAAGAGGAAGUCUUCCGUGGCAAGGACUGAAAGCUGGAACGAAGAAACAAAAGUAUGAGAGGAUCAGUGAAAAGAAAGUCUCUACAUCCAUCGAGGCCUUAUGUCGUGGUUACCCAUCUGAGUUCGCGUCCUACUUCCAUUACUGCCGAUCGCUCCGUUUUGAUGAUAAACCAGACUAUGCUUAUCUCAAGAGAAUAUUCCGGGAUCUCUUUAUCCGCGAAGGGUUUCAGUUUGAUUAUGUGUUUGACUGGACCAUCUUGAAGUAUCAACAAUCCCAACUGACUGCUCCCCAGACUCGUGGCAUCAACCCUGCUGUGGGAACAAGCGCAGGGUUGCCUCCGGGCAUUUCCAGCAUCGACCGAUACACGGGUGAGGAAGAAGGGCGUCCAAUUGGUUUGGACUCGUCGAGGAGGAGAAUGUCAGGUGCUCUUGAUAACUCCGGGAACCUUUCGAACCAUCAGAGGAUGGGCGAGUCAGCCAUGGCUAGAGAGACCAUGCAUAUGCCGAGCUCAUCGCUGUUUGCUCAAUCGGCCGGAUCUUCACGGAGGGUGACCGGUGGAAGCAGCCGGGAGGCGUUUCUGGCAGUGGACGAACUUCAGAGGAGCCGUGGUGGGGCCAUACCCAGAAACUCGCCGGUCGGGUUGUCCGAGUCGAAGAGGUCUUCCUCCACCAGAAGGCACUACGAAACCACCAUCAAAGGCAUCGAGACCCUUCAAGUCAAGGACGAAAGGCUCCACCAUCAUCACUGAUUCCCUCACAAAGAAAACGAUGCGUAAGUUGCUCGGGCGGGUGUAAAACGAUGUCGUUUAGAAAAAAAGCUUAUUUUUAUUUUUACCUUUAUUUUUUUUACUCCCCUUUGGAAAUGUUAUGAGCCUUUUUCUUUUACUAUUUUAUUGUUUUUUUUUUUGGGUUGAUCAGAAUGGUUGUCUUUAUCCCUGUGUGUGUGUGUGUGAGAGCAGUAAACGACGGAUGAGACAUUCUACAUGUUCAUGGUGGCAUUAAACAGUCAUCCCUUCUCCGACCAUGUGGUGUCAUUAUGUUUCGGAUUUA